CAGAAACUACAGUUUUAGCGCAUUUUAAAAAAUGAACGGCAUUCCUUAACAAACAAAGAAACGAUUUUGAAUAAUUAAACAAAAACUGACUUUUUAAUUGGCAAAACUAAGUUGAAAACAAAAAAUCCUUAAGGUAAAAAAUGUCGGAUUCUGAUGAAAUUGUGAGUAGUGAUGAAGAAACUCAAUCGGGUGAGGAAGAAAUUUAUACCAGCGAUGCUAGUGAUGGGGAAGAUAAAAUGGCCAGUGGUCGGCCAAGCACAGAUUUAACAGUAGAAGAUUCUGAUGCCACUGAUGAUGCAGAUGAGUCCAUUGCGGUUAGAAGGAAUAAGGUAGGAAAAAAGAAACGUGCUGCUAUUAUAGAUUCCGAAUCAGAAGAAGAGGAGGAAGAUGAAAUUGAGAGUCGAGCCUUGUCACCACGAACACGCAUGAGUAUAACAGGCAUUAGACCGGCAGACUUGACAGAUGAUUCCAGUGAAAUUGAAUACUCAGAUGAUGAAGAAGAACAAAAUAUUAGCAGACGACAACGUGCUGAUGGUGGUAGAAAAUCUAAGGCUAAAUUAAGUAAUAUAUCUGAGGUAUAUGAUUCUAAGGCAACAGCAGAUGAAUCUCAAGAAAGUGCUGAUGAAGAAGAUGAACAGCCCAACGCAGAUAAGUCCAGCGUAAGAAGAUCAUUCCUAGAAGAAUCAGCAGAAGAAACAUCCGAACAGCAAUCAUCUUCUAUGGUUUCGGCUCAAUCUCAGGUGGAAGAAACUUCACCUAGUGCUAUGCUGCAACAACAAAGCCCCUCACCCGCUAAAGUAGUGAAUAAUAAUGUUAGUAUAAUUAAUUCGCCUGCUUUAAAUGCACGCUACAGCACACAUUUCGAAAGUGCUAUUAAAGAUAAAUUAUCUUCGACCCUAUAUCGGGCACCCGAAAUGGACUCAUCCGGCGAUAGUGAUAUACAAAUUAUUGAGCGCAAAGAAAAACCCAUAGAAAUAUCUAGUUCAGAUGACGAUGUUGAAGCUGAUAAAGAAAAUAGCCUGGGUGUUUCACUGCAAAACAAAUCGACACCCAAAGCAAACAGUUUGUCUGGUGGUAAUUUAAAGCAACCUAAAAUUUCGGCCGCCCUUAAUAAAGUACCAAAUUUAAAAAACUUUGCCACACCGGCCAUGAAAAACAAGGCAGAACUGAAAUAUGUGUCGCAAGAGUAUUACGAUAAAGAAAUUAAGAAAUUUGAAGAACUAAAGGGAGAACUACUUAAUGCCGAGAAGCUUUUAGAGAAAAUUUCCAAAUCUUUACCAGAUGGCGGUCGACAACUUUCAUUGCGUAUCGAACGUUUACGUCAAGAUUGUACUAUUAAAGCAAAAUAUAUAGCUUCCAUGCAUGUAGAAGAUGCACCCGGCAGUAGUCCUUUAACCAUGCCCUUAGAUGAUAAAGAUUCACCUUCGCAGAAAAUGCAACAGCUGCAGCAGCAACGUAAGGCUUUCUUUAAUAAUCAAGCACCUGAUUGGGAUGAGCUAUCGGCGGCAGUCAAUGAAAUACAACCUAAACACACGGGUAGACAGGGUAUGGCUACUUUCAAUAAUCAAAAGGCUUUAACAGUAGAUCGUUUAAAGGAUUUACAUGGCUCGCUGGAAAGUUGUCCCGCCGAAAAUGUCUUAGCCGAUGAUCCAAAAGGUCUUAAAGUCACCCUAAUGGAUCAUCAAAAGCAUGCUUUAGCUUGGAUGAAUUGGCGAGAAAAACAAAAACCUAGAGGAGGCAUUUUAGCCGACGAUAUGGGUUUGGGUAAAACACUUACCAUGAUUUCUCUAGUAUUAUCAUGUAAAAAUCGUGAUGAGGAAGAAGAUGAGGAGGGAAAAAGUGCGAGUGCCAGCGAAGAAGAGAAUGAAGAGCAAAAUCAAGGUAGUUGGUCUUCUAAAGGACGUAAAGAUUGGUAUCCUGGUGGCACCUUAGUGGUCUGUCCCGCCAGUUUAAUGCGUCAAUGGGAGGCUGAAGCUCAAACAAAAGUUUCUCGCCAUCGUUUAACUGUUUGUGUUCAUCAUGGCAAUAAUCGUGAAACAAAACCUAAACAUUUACGCACCUAUGAUUUAGUAGUCACCACCUAUAAUAUAGUAGCGCGAGAGCAGAAAACCCGUGGUGCUCUUUACGGCAUUAAAUGGAAACGUAUAAUACUCGAUGAGGCACAUGUGGUGCGUAAUCAUAAAUCUCAAUCCUCUAUAGCAGUAUGUGAGCUAAGAGGUAAAUCACGUUGGGCACUCACCGGCACUCCCAUACAAAAUAAAGAAAUGGAUGUUUAUGCUCUACUCAAAUUUUUACGCUGUUCGCCGUUCGAUGAUUUCUCACAUUGGAAGAAAUGGAUUGAUAAAAGUGCCGGUGGUCAACAACGUUUAAAUACAAUUAUGAAAUCUCUUAUGCUGAGACGCACUAAAGCCCAACUACAGGAUCGUGGUGAACUACAAUGUCUGCCUCAAAAGAAAAUCGAAUUAAUUGAAGUAGAAUUGGAUAAAGAUGAAAUGAAUGUCUAUCAAAAGAUCAUGAUCUAUUCACGAACGCUCUUCGCUCAGUUUCUCUUUCAACGUGCCGAACGUAAUACAGAUUUAAUGUAUAGCGAACAAAGUUCAAGACCCACAUUUAUGCAAACUAAAGAUCCCAAUGGUGCCUACUAUAAAAUGCAUCAGAAGUUUACGAAAAUCCAUCAGGGCUCGAAGGAGAUUAAAUCACAUGAAAUUUUAGUUUUGCUACUGAGAUUACGGCAAAUUUGUUGUCAUCCUGGUUUAAUUGAUUCGAUGUUAGAAGACGAAGAUGCCCAUCAUAUCGAUGAAGAAAGUGAUGUUUCUCAACCGGAAAUAGAUCUACUAGCACAACUCAAUAAACUAGCCAUUACCGAUAAGAAUGAUAGUAAUCCCAUGAUGUCACACAGUUUAAAUAGUGAUGAAGAUGAUACCUCUAUGAGACCGGAAGAACAAGUAAUGGCUAAGGCUUCAUCACGUGUACUACAACGUACAAAUCCAAUAUUUGAUUAUAAAAGACCCUCAACGAAAAUGUUAAAAGUAUUAAAAGUUCUCAAGGAAAGAGUUCUAUGUUCGGAUGACAAAGCUAUUGUAGUCUCACAAUGGACUAGUGUUCUUAACAUACUUAAAACUCAUAUAGAAGGACAAGGUGUAGCAACACUUUCACUAGAUGGUAGUAUACCGGUUAAAAAUCGCCAGGAUAUUGUUACCGAAUUUAAUAAAGCCAAAAGCGAUAAACGUAUUUUACUUUUAUCUCUAACUGCCGGUGGUGUGGGUUUAAAUUUAGUGGGUGCUAAUCAUUUAUUACUCAUCGAUUUACAUUGGAAUCCUCAGUUAGAAGCACAAGCGCAGGAUCGCAUUUAUCGUGUGGGCCAGAAAAAGGAUGUUAUUAUCUAUAAAUUUAUGUGCAAAGAUACUGUUGAAGAGCGUAUUAAAGCUUUACAAGAUCAUAAAUUGGAAUUAGCCAAUGGUGUUCUAACUGGUGCCCGUGCUUCGGAAGGCAGUAAACUAACUAUGGAUGAUUUAAAGGGUCUUUUUGGCAUGUAAACUUGUUGUUGUUAAAUUUGUCUUACUGCCAAUUCCAUUAAGCAACUCUCUAUUGUUAGCAUUCCUAUUUUUAUUUAUAAUAUAGAAAUAGUUUUUCGUUUAGUUAUUUUUUUUCUAUAAGUUUUACCAUUUAAACAAAUUGAAUAAACUUUUUAUACAUCCAUAUUCUUUUUUUAAAAAAUAA